AUGUUUCAUCGGGGUCCGGUUCCACCUCAGCUUUUCAAUGCGUCCGACCUCCUGCUUGUGCUUGGCAUCGAUGCUGCCCAACUAUCAAGGCUUUGCGGACCGGGUUCCGGAACAACUAAGAGCGUGAGCUCAGCUGUAGGCCUCCUAUUCAACUCGCGCCGAGUUGGGACACCAUGGCAGGUCAAGAACACUCCAUCGAAUGCGGGCCUUCAAAUACAAAGCCGCACAGCUUUCAUCUUCAGCCGAAUUGCUGUUACAAUGCUGGCAUACCUGUUCAUCGAUAUUAUGACCUCCUUGCCACCACCUGAUCUGGUCAUGGUCCGGGCCGAUAAGGGGGCUCUGUUUCCGGCGAAUGGCUUGAGAAUUGAGGACAUCAUCUUCCGUGUCGCGGCGACAAUCUCGUACUGGGUCACAACUGGCAUCGUCCUUCUAGCGAUGAAUAAUGUGGGCGCUAUCAUUGCGGUGCUAACAGGCCUCAGUAGGCCAGGCGACUGUCCGCCUCCCUUAGGUCCGUUCACGGAAGGGUAUACUGUUCGGCGCUUUUGGGGUAUCAGUUGGCAUCAGAUGCUCCGCUCAUUUCUGACAGGGCAUGCUGAUUUAAUUAUUAACAAAACUCUACCCUUUUUACCACGCCACUCAGCAGCUGAUCGAUAUAUACGCUUGACGCUUGCUUUUCUUAUCUCCGGUCUAAUACACAGGCGCGGUGAUCAGGCUCAGGGUGUGCCCGAUGCUGAAAAUGGGGCUUUAGCCUUCUUUCUUUCACAUGCUGCUAUCAUUAUGCUGGAGGAUUGCGUUGGGCAUGUUCUUGCCGCGUUGCUGCCCAGGCGCAUUUGUUAUGUGAUGGGAUAUCUCUGGGUUCUCGCUUUCUUUGCCUGGACUAGUCCAACCUACAUGUACCCUGGCAUGAGACUUGGGUUUGAUGGGACGGCCUUGCUUCCAAUCCGCGUGAUUGGGCCUUACUUGAGCAGGUCAUAG